GAAGAGCAGCGUGUCCUGGAACUUGGCACGCGUGAAGCGAAGUGCAGAAGAGCCACGUUGUUGGGCGAAGAUGGCGAGACGAUUCACAUCGAUUUCUGGGGGGAGGCUUCCGAAGCUUCGUACAAGAAUGCGGAUAUCCUCUGUCUGGGGAAUGUCAAAGUCCGUGGAGGCCGAGAUAAUGACAUCGAUCACAUGCUGACCACAGUCUCUUCGACCCGAAUUCGCUCGCUAGAAAAAGGCACCACUUCGGCAACGGCGGAGCUGCACCGAGAGCUUUGCAGGCACAUGGAAGACGCGCGGCAUCGGCUCUCGGAGGUCAAACUCCGCAAAGAGGAGCUCGCCGCAAGAAGGGCGGCCCGCCAGGCUGCAAGGCUCAGGGAGAAGAAGCGACUGGAGCAGUU